AAAAUAACAGCACUAUUGAAAAAAAAAACCAAAACCCCAAUAAAUUAAUAACAAUUACAACCAAAUACACACACACACACUUAAGGAGCCAAAGAUUUUGAAAAAAAAAACUAUUCCAAAUUUCUAUCAUAUUGCGGAUGAUAAGUGCAAACGUUCUUUAUAAUAAAAAAAUAGACAUAUUAAAAAAACCCCAGACUGUAGAGUAUUCAGAAUUCGCAAUUGGCAAAUCGCAAGCGGCUAAUUGCAGAAAUUCGCAAAUCGCAGUAAAAAAAACAAAACGUAAAAACAACAACAACAACAACAACAAAAAGGAAAGCCAAUCUCCGAUUGAGAUACAAAUCGAGUGGCCGGAUAGUUAUAUAGAAGAUCAAGCGAUCGUAUUUAGCGCAAGGGCUGCUAUCAAAAUGCAUAUUGAAAUACAAGUGGCUUUGAAUUUUGUCAUUUCGUAUCUAUAUAAUAAAUUGCCACGACGACGGGUCAAUAUAUUUGGCGAGGAACUGGAGAAGGCUCUACGCGACAAAUUCCAAGGACACUGGUAUCCAGAGAAACCCUUCAAGGGUUCGGCAUAUCGUUGUCUCAAAACUGGUGAUCCCAUUGAUUCGGUGCUGGCGCGUGCUGCUCGAGAAAGUGGUGUACCUAUAAGCGAUAUACUUGAGAAUCUACCCAAUGAGCUGUCCGUCUGGGUUGAUCCGGGCGAGGUCUCGUAUCGCAUUGGCGAGAAGGGCGCUGUUAAGAUACUCUAUACGGAGAACAAUGAUAAUCAUGAGGAUAGCCACUCGGCCGAUCGUGAGGUUACAAAAACGUUCAAUCCAGAGGCACAGUGCUUUCGUCCCAUCGAUGUGGUCAACACGACCAUGAACAAUUUGAGCUUAAGCCCAAAGGCACUGCCGCUACCGUUGCCAUUGCCGCCGUCUGGCUCCUCACCGCACUCGGCCGCAUCAAGCUCGCCCACAUACAAGGGCAGCCCGAAUCCCAAUGGCGGUGGCUCCAGCGGUGCCAGUCUAUCUGGCAAUAACAAUGUGACUGCCACCGCUACAGCCGCCGCCUUUGUGCAGCGCGCUGCUCAGGCUCCGCUAACAUUCACAACGGCCACCUUUGCUCAGACGAAAUUCGGAAGCACCAAACUAAAGACUAGUUCCAAGCGUACCAAUAGCAGCUCGUAUCGCAUGUCGCCCACUGAAUUCUCCAAUUAUAUCAAGCAGCGCGCCAUGCAGCAGCAGCUGCAUCAUGGCCACAGCGUUGGCGGCUCAUCGGCUUCGGCAUUUGGUGCAUUGGAUGCCGUAUCGCCGGCGCGUUCCCUUUCACCCAAUCCUUUGGCAUUGGGUGGCAAUCAAAGCAACUCGUCUGGCGGCGUGCCGGCAGCUGCUGCUACUGCUGCUGCUGCUGCUGCUGCUGCUGAUCCAUUCUAUUAUCCCAACAUUGCAAUGGGUCUGUAUCCACAAUACAACGGGCAGCGCAGCCUCUUUGAGCCACAUUUCAAUGCGGAUGCGGCCAGUCUUAGCCUGUUUGGCGCUGGACCUGCCACUGCAGCUGCGGCUGGCAAUAGCUUUAGUACUUACCUGGAACCAUGUUACUUUACCAAUGGUCAUGCCAAUGCCAAUGCCAAUGCCCCAGGCGGCACCACACUGAUCAAUCAGCAGCAGCACCAAAACAGCAACAACAACAACAGCAGCAGCAGCAGCAGCAGCAACAACAGCAGCAACAACAAAAACAACAACAGCAACAACAGCAGCAGCAGCAGCAGCAACAGCUUAAGAACAAUUUGGAGCAUACCAACAGCAGCGAUAGCUGCUUUGGCUGAGACGGAGUGCAGCAUUGCUAGCGCUAGUGUCGAGGAAUCUGGCAAUUCAGCUGGCGGCGCAGCUACUGGCGAAUCAUCAACAGAUAAUAGUCCGAUAGCCACGCCUACAGCUGGCGUUGUGCCCGGUCUGAACACAAUCGCUGCAACGGCUGCAUCGACCGUAUCUGCGGCAAGCUCCGCUGCCGCUGCCGCUGCCACUGCCACUGCCACCACGGCUGCCACAACAGCUGCCACAUCGAACGGAGCCAACAAUCAGGACUCGACAGCUGCUGCAGCUAGCAACAGUAAGCUAAUUGAUGGCCUCAGCUCGUUCUAUGGCACCGGAUCCUCCUACCAGCAGCUACUGGUUGCCAACUAGGCAGCUACCCUCGCCCACCCAGCUAAGGUCACACUGUGACUCACAAGAGACAAAAGCACGAGAAUCGCCAAACAAUAUGCAAACCAACAGAGAGACGACGAACGGAGUAUGUUCCACAAGCAAGCGGCCAAAGGCAUCUUAAUUUGAAUUGAAGAUUAACGUUGAAUGGGCACCAGAAAGUGGCCCCAAAAAAAUAUUCA